CCUCGCCCACAGAGUCAGAGCGGAAGCCGCCGAGCUCGGAGCCCAGCACGCUGCACGCCGCCGCCGGCCAUGUCGGUGGAUACGGAGCGGAGCUCCACCGAGUCGUCCGCGGCCUCCAGGCUCGGCUACGAGGACACCACGCUCGCCCUCACCCUCCGCCUCCCGGGCUCCGACUCCGACCGUUCCUCCUCGCUCGCCGCGCCCUCCGACGCUGCGCCGUCACCCAAGGCGCGGGUGGUGGGGUGGCCGCCGGUGAGGUCGUACCGCAAGAACGCGCUCGCCGACUCCAGCAAGGCCAGCCGCGCAGCCAAUUUCGUGAAGGUGGUCGUCGACGGCGCGGCCUACCUGCGGAAGGUGGACCUCCAGGCGGGUGGCAGUGCAGACGAGGUUACAGACGGCGGCGCGGGCACCUGCUGCUGGCAGACGGGGUCGCGGGCUCCUGCUGGCAGACGGCGGCGCGGGCAGAUGUUGGCAGACAGCGGCGCUGGCACCUGGUGGCAGACGCCGGCGUGGUCACCUUAA